AUGAUGUUCUCCCGACCGAUUCCGGCCACGGCGGCCAAUCUCAUUGAGACUAGCCAACUGCGCAGGAGAUAUUAUAGUGCACAAGUGUACGCGCAGACACAACGUGCACUCUCUAUUCCUGUCACUCUCAUACUCUGGUGGGACGACUGCUCGACACGACCAGUGAGAGUUAAGGCGCAGGACCGACGGCUUUACGUGCUCUCCGAGGCACGGGGG